UACAACGACGAACAAAUAACAAAAGUUGAAAUUGGAAUAUUUUACUAAUUCAUUGCUUGCUGCGCAUUUUAUUUAUGAUAAUAAAGACAUAAAUGUCUAAUAAUAAUUUAUAAACUUUUGUACUUAAUCUGCUAAAUAAGAGUAUGACUAAUAAUGCAAUAAUCUCUUCAGUUCAGUCUUCACCACUGUACCUGUACUGAUAAUAAAAUAAUCGUUUUUGUUAUCAAUAAUACAGUUUUUAGAUAGUGACGGUCACGGAGUUUACAUCCGUAAACUUUGGUUAUUAGUCGACUGUGAAAUUGAUGUGAUAAAGUCUUGGCAUUUGCAAUAUUUAGAAGUAAUAAUGGAAUCUCCUAUCCUUGAUCGUAUCCUGGGAACUCUGUUGAAUCUGAUGUUCCCUUUCAAGAUGUUGCUGCGAUGCUAUUCACUUUGCAUCUUGAUUAUCGACAUUAUUUGGGUGGUGAUGAAUGCGAUCUAUGCCAUACUGCAAGCAGUGUAUGGCCUAUUCAGACCGCCACCCUUAAAGUCAGUCAGGUUGGAGACUGCUCUGGUUAUCGGUUCCGGUAGAGGGGUAGGAAAAGAAAUAGCAAUUCAGUUGGCUGAGCUUGGUGCUAUUGUUAUUUGUGUUGAUAAAAACAAAGUGAACAAUGAGGAAACCGUACAAAUAAUCAAACAAAAUAGAGGGUCGGCUAUUGGCUACAGUUCUGAUAUAACGCAAAAGGAACAAGUGGAGAAGCUGGCUAGGCAAAUAGAGAAGGACCUUGGCACUGUUAGCAUGUUGUUUUAUUGCUGUGGAAUACCAAGCCCGAGGUCCUUGUUCACCCAACCUCCGUCAAGUAUUCAUGACACCAUUGGUCUUACUUUGACGUCAUUUUUCUGGCUUUUGGAAGAGUUUCUGCCUGCAAUGAAGACUAAGAAUCAUGGACACAUAGUGGCUCUAACAUCAGUAGCUGGCCUCAGCUACGUCAAAGACCACAUCCCACUCAGCGUGGCUCAAUUUGCAGUACAGGGUCUCGCAGAGUCCUUAAUGGAAGACCUGAGAAUAAAUAAGAUUGAUGGAGUCCAUGUAACUCUUACACAUAUAUAUCCUUUCAUUGUUCAUGACAAAUCAGAGUUAAUAAUGAGAAUACCGAGUUACUUUGGCACGAUGUCUCCAAGUUCAGCUGCCGCAUCUAUACUGGAUAGCGUGAGACGGAACUACCCCGAAGCUUCAGUGCCCAAGCACCUAGUGUACCUCGGUCACCUCCUGCGAGUCCUGCCGCGGAAGGCGACCGUGCUCAUCAGGGACCUCCUCGAUACUGGAGUAGACUUCGCCUGAACUUCUAUAGCGAUUGAUCUGAGGUUUUCGUAUAGAAAGUUAUAACAAAAAUUCAAAGUCAAAUACAGUCUUUCUUGUAAACUGAAGUAAGUUCCUUGAUAAACAAUGCUCAGUGCAACAUGAUAAUAAUUUAUUAAGUGAUUAUGUGUAGUUACAGAUAUCUGUUAAGCUAAUGUUUUUUGUACUAUGAUGUUACAAAUCUUGGACAUAUUUUAUUACUAUAACAUAAUAUUGGUGCUAAUUCCUGUAAAUACCAUCUAAUUUUAUUUUAAGUUAUAUCUGUCCUUUUCUUAUCCGCCGAAAAGGAAAGGGACGGGUAAUCGACAAGCAUAAAAUUUAUGGAACACACGUCAAUUUUAAGCACAAAUCUAAACCAACCGUCUAAAAAUUUUACGUCAGUCAAUAACCCGACACAUUAAUUUACUCAUUCUUCCUAAAAUUAAGAGCUGUGAAUCAUCCGUCCCUUUCCUUUUCGACGGAUACGAAAAUGACGGAUAUAACCUAAAAUAAAAUUAGGCGGUGUCUGCAGGAAUCGGGGCCAUUAUCUUUUGAAAGACUGUUUAUAAUACUUAGCAUAAAAAUAUUUUUUAGGUGCCAUUUAUUAAUAUUUAAUGUAAUGUUAUUUAGUGAUCAAAAAAGAAACUGUUGUAUUUUUCUACAUAUUAUGAAAUUGAUAUUUUAUAUUUACAAACUGUUUUUCUU